GUGAUAACUCAUCAACGCAGGACGGUGCAGUCCACAGUACCAGAAGAUGCUGAAAAAAGAGCCCAGAGUUUGUUUGUCAAGGAGUGUAUUAAAACCUAUAGCACAGAUUGGCAUGUGGUGAACUACGAAUAUGAAGACUUCUCUGGAGAUUUUCGAAUGUUGCCGUGCAAAUCUCUGAGACCAGACAAGAUUCCCAAUCAUGUAUUUGAGAUUGAUGAGGACUGUGAGAAAGAUGAGGACUCAUCUUCUUUAUGUUCUCAGAAGGGUGGCGUGAUUAAACAAGGCUGGUUACAUAAAGCAAAUGUAAAUAGCACCAUCACAGUUACCAUGAAGUGCCCCAAAAUGCGUCGUCAUGCUUUUGAACUCAAGAUGUUAGAUAAGUAUAGCCACUAUCUGGCUGCUGAAACUGAGCAGGAAAUGGAGGAGUGGUUGUUAAUUGAAAAAGAUUAUUCAGAUCAAUACUGACAGUUUAGUGCAAGAGAAAAAAGAGACAGUAGAAAUGGCACAAGGUCAGAAUUUUUAAAUGGUUCAUUAUUGAGGUAAAGCCCUCAUCUUUAAUCCAUGGGAAUGUCCUUUGUGUAGAGUGAGUAUAGAACUUGUAAUCUUGAAU